AUGGCCAAAAUGACAAACCUCGCCAUUAUUUUGUUCUUUGGGCUGUCGUUGAUAUCAACAGCUAAAGCUCAUGAGUCCGCAGUUGUUGAUAUAACUAAAUUUGGUGCAGUUGACGGUGGCUGUAUCACCGAGGCUCUAUCUUCUGCAUGGAAGGAAGCCUGUCAAUCACCUGUCCCAAGUAGGGUAUUUAUUCCACCAGGAAAUUACACAUUAGGAAAAGUGUGUUUGGAAGGUCCCUGCAAUAAUCCGAUUGAGAUUGAAGUUAAAGGCACCAUAAAGGCCGUAAACGAUAUAGUGGAUGAGUUUUGGAUUGAGUUCAAUAAAAUCACAGGAUUUAAACUGUUUGGUGGUGGAGUUUUUGAUGGCGACGGAGCCAAAGCUUGGGAAAAAUGUGAAGCUAGCGGUGGCUGCAAGAAGAAGAGUAUGGGUUUAAAGUUCAACUGCGUAAAUAAUGGGACUAUCGAAGAUAUAACUUCUUUGAAUGCUAAACAAUUUCAUAUGAGCGUUGUGGGUAGUACUAAUCUAUGUCUCAGUCGCUUAACUAUAACUGCGCCUGGUGAGAGCCCGAACACUGAUGGAAUCCACAUCGGACAUUCAACCAACGUCAAUGUUACCGAUUCAUGCAUCGCAACGGGCGAUGAUUGUAUCGCCUUCGUCGGUGGAACCAAGCAAACCACCGUCUCAAAUGUAAUUUGUGGGCCUGGUCAUGGCAUUAGCGUAGGAAGCUUAGGAAAAUACCCAAAAGAGGAGCCUCUAUCUUGUAUCACUGUCAAGGAUUGCCGUUUCAACAAUACUGACAAUGGUGUGAGAAUCAAAACUUGGCCUGAUCUCUAUGAAAACUCAGCAAGUGAAUUGCAUUUUGAGAAUAUCAUAAUGAACAAUGUCUCCAAUCCUAUUAUCAUAGAUCAAAACUACUGUGGAGGAAAAAAAUGCAGUCAGGGUCAAUCAAAAGUUAAGCUAAGCAAUAUCAUUUUCAGAAAUAUAACGGGUACCUCAGCAGAUCCGUGCGCUGUAAAGCUUGCUUGUAGCUCUGGUACAUGUGAAGGUGUGGAGCUUAGUGAGAUUGACCUCGCACCCGCUGUGGCGGCUGAACAGCUUAUAUCAGUGUGUAACAAUGUUCGACCCAAUGUUGUUGGUAAAAUGAACCCACCGGCGUGUACCGGCCCAGUUUAAGAUCCGCAGCAAGCUGGGUGGAGGUACAGAGGAGAUAAAAGGAUCCUUAAGGGGAACUCUUAUUUAAUAUGGGAGUUCGUACGCUGCUCAAAUCCUCAAAUUCUUCCACUCAACCCUUUCAUUGUUUUAUGAUGCAUAUGCAUGAU